AGCCUUUCCGUGCUCUUCACACACCCACACGUGCAAGCAAGACUUUUUCAUCUCCCCACUCAACCUCCUCACCAAGAACAACGAUGGCCACUCCUCGCUCCGCUCCCCGCAAGGCCGGUGCCCGCAAGUCGCACCACAAGCCGAAGCGCACGUGGAACGUGUACGUCAGCCGCUCCCUCAAGGCGAUCAACAGCCAGAUGUCCAUGUCGGGCCGCACGAUGAAGAUUGUGAACUCGUACGUGAACGACGUGCUGGAGCGCAUCGCGACGGAGGCCGCGUCGAUUGUGCGCGCGAACAAGAAGCGCACCCUGGGCGCUCGCGAGGUGCAGACGGCCGUGCGCAUUGUGCUGCCGGCUGAGCUGGCGAAGCACGCCAUGGCCGAGGGCACGAAGGCCGUGUCGAACUCGUCCCGUUAA